AUGCCAACACAAUGGUUUCGGGAUGAUAUGUGGAAUAAAGUUGAUUUGGCUUCUAGUGAGCCUUUUGUUGGAGCAUCGUCUAAAGGAUUUAGAAGGUUCCAAUCUGAUAAUUUACAAGAAACGUAUCCCAUUCCUAAGCAUUAUAAUAAUAUGCAAGAAAGUCAGAUUUAUCAACAUAUGCAUAAAAAAUUAUAUUAUGGCCAGCUUAUGGGGCAUUUCAAAAAAGCAUUAAACUAUUCGCUAGAAGAUAAUGAUCAAAAAGCAUUGGACGAUAUUAUAUUGUCUUAUAUUUCAGAAAAAGAAGCAAAUUGGAAAACAGAUAUGCAACCGAAUCAAAAGGUUCUAAAAGAAAAUACGGGUUUAAACUGUGAGAUUAGAUUGUCUAAUGGUCAUAUAUAUAAUGCGGAUAAUGUAAAAGAUCCAAUAAAAUGUCGAG